AUGUCUGACAUUGACAGAAAGAGAGAGCUGAACUCUCUAUCACCGCAAGAAAGCAACUUUGGCGAGCUUGAGCCCGAGGACGAUAAUGUGUUCAAGGUCACUGAGGACGGACCAGACUUUCGUGGUCUUACCUGUUUUGGUGCUGCUCUUUUGGUGGUGAAGACUCAGUUUGGUCUUGGUAUCCUUGGGCUUCCCCAUACUUUCCAUGUUUUGGGUGUAGUGCCUGGUCUUAUCGUUUUGAUCACUCUUUGUUUCAUCACCACUUGGAGUGGUAUCGUUGUGGGACACUUUCGUCUUCGGCACCCAAACACUUAUAGUAUUGGUGAUGCUGCUGAAAUCAUGUUUGGUCCUGCUGGAAGAGAAGUCAUGGGUGCUGCCUUUUGGCUCUUCUAUACCCUUGCUUAUGGUGCUACUGUGCUUACAGUGUCUAUUGCUUUCAACGCCAUCACUGAACACGCCAUUUGUACUACCAUCUGGACGGCAAUUGGCGCCAUCAUCAGUCUUAUUCUUGGUAUUGCAACGAGAACCUUGAAGGUUAUGUCCUGGUUGAGUCUUGCUGCUAUCAUUUCCUUAUUUAUUAGUGUUUGGACUGUCGCCAUUGCUUGUCUUGCCCAGUCCACUCCCUCUGCAGCUGUGCCUGGUGAACCUAUAGAUAAGGGCAUUUCUGCUGUUGCUACUGGUCGUUCGUUUGCUGCCAUUGCCGGUGCCGUGGCUACUCAGCUUGCCGGUCUCAGUGGUACCGCUUCUUUCUUCACCAUUCACACAGAAAUGAAGGACCAGACGCAAUACAAUAAGGCUUUGAUUCUUGGACAGCUUUUCGUCACAUUCAACUACAUCGUCAUCACUUGCAUGAUCUACGGUAAAGUGGGUAACUACGUCACCUCCCCUGCCUUGGGUUCCGCAGGUACCCUUAUCAAGAAGAUCUGUUACGGUAUCUCCUUGCCUGGUCUUAUCGUUUCGUGCUUUUUCUUAGCGCAUUUGGCUGGUAAGUACGGUUUGGUCCGUAUCUUAAGAGGAACAAGACACCUUCAAGCAAACACUUUUGUCCAUUGGCUGACCUGGAUUUCCAUGAUGUCUUUGUCCAUUAUCUUUGGUUUCAUCAUUGCCAGCGCCAUUCCUUUCUUUGGAGACUUGGUGGCUCUUAUCGCUGCCUUGUUCGGUACAACUUUUACCCUCAUUAUUCCAGGUUUCAUUGCUAUCUACAACAUGGGCAGCUACGUGAAGCGUGACGGUGACUCUUUGCUUUCUUGGAUGCCUAGUUGCUUCAAAGCAUGGAACAAGAAUCGCAGCAACAUCAUAAAUACAGCAUUGGCAUUUUUUUCGAUUGCAUUCGGGAUCUAUAUCUUGGUGACCGGUACCUACGGUGCUAUUCAGUCUAUCAUUGACGGUUACAAUAACGGUACAGUCUCCCUGGCUUUCUCCUGUGAGGACAACAGCAAAUAA